AUUAAGAGACCUAAACGACUCGCAAUGGUCCUUAUCGUCUGCGUUUCACUUACAUGGCUACUCUAUGACCGCAAAUCACUCAGCAGUGGACAGCAGGAUGACAUUUUGAAAUUGAAAGAAGAGGUUACACGCUUGCAGAAUUCAGUAAGUUUCAAAUUUUUGUUUUUGUGCCUUCACUCGGCAGAAAGUAUUCAGAAUGAGGAGGAAGUCAAUAAAUUCGCUAAGGAUAUUUAUGUUGAAGAAGAUCCUAUCAGCAAACAACGAAGAGAUAAAAUAAAAGAUGCCAUGCUUCAUGCUUGGACAUCUUAUGAAACGUAUGCGUGGGGAAAGGAUGAACUUAAGCCACAAUCAAUGAAUGGUGUUGACAGUUUUGGCGGUCUAGGGGCAACUAUAGUAGAUUCACUUGACACAUUAUUUGUGAUGGGUCUUGAUGAUCAAUUUAAUAGAGCUAGAGAGUGGGUUGCUGAAUCAUUGUCUUUCGAGAAGAACAUUGAAGUUAGUGUGUUCGAGACAACCAUAAGAGUGAUGGGUGGCCUUCUUAGUGCUUAUGAUCUCUCUGGUGACAAAGUUUUCCUAGAGAAGGCCAGAGAAAUUGCAGAUAAGUUGUUGCCUGCAUGGAAUACAGCUUCAGGAAUCCCCUACAAUAGAAUUAACUUGGCAUUUGGCAAUACAAAUAACCCUGCAUGGGCGCGGGGAAACAGUAUUCUUGCGGAUUCUGGUUCCGAACAACUCGAAUUCAUUGCUCUCUCUCAAAGGACAAAAGACCCCAAGUACCAAGAAAAGGCAGAAAAGGUCAUCAAGGGGCUUCAUAAAGAUUUUCCGGAUGAUGGGUUACUUCCUAUAUACCUUAAUCCACUUACUGGAACUCAAACAGGUGGAUCAGUUACAUUUGGUGCCAUGGGUGACAGCUUUUAUGAGUACCUACUCAAGGCCUGGAUACAAGGAAAUAAAACUGAAGCUGUAGCAUUUUACAGGGAAAUGUGGGAGAAAUCAAUGAUAGGUCUUCAAAGCUUGAUUAAAAAGUCAACACCUUCGUCUUUUGCAUACAUAUCCGAGAAGCUUGGAAAUGCAGUCUUUGAUAAGAUGGACGAGUUAGCUUGUUUUGUUCCUGGAAUGUUGGCUUUGGGAUCUUCAACCUAUGGCCCUGGAGAAGCUGAAAAAUAUCUGUCACUUGCAGAGGAGCUUGUAUGGACUUGUUACAACUUUUACCAAUCAACACCAACUAAAUUGGCAGGAGAGAACUAUUACUUUCGCGAUGGAGAGGAUAUGAGUGUUGGUACCACGUGGAAUAUCCAAAGGCCUGAAACAAUUGAGUCAUUAUUCUACCUCUGGCGUUUCACUGGAAACAAAACAUACCAGGAAUGGGGUUGGAAUAUUUUCCAAGCAUUUGAAAACAAUACUCGGAUCGAAACAGGAUAUGUCGGACUCAAAGAUGUGACUACUGGGCAGAAAGAUAAUAUGAUGCAGAGCUACUUCCUUUCAGAAACACUAAAGUAUCUUUAUCUGUUGUUUUCGCCUUCAUCAGUCAUUUCCCUGGAUGAAUGGGUGUUCAACACGGAGGCUCAUCCUUUAAGAAUUGUGACUAGAGUUGCUAAUGAAGAGAGUGGUAACCCAGAAGAGGUAUUUCCACGUCAUUUGCAUGGUAGAAAAGAAGGUCGAAUUGAAUAUAAGUAGCUAAGAGUUGUUGCUUUGAGAUUAUUGUAAGCAUAUCCUGAAGCAUAGUUCCUAACGUACUUUCAAGUUAGAUCCAUCUUUACAUGACAAUUUUUCAUCAGCCAGAUUAACGAUAGCUAGCACAAGGAUCUACUUCUCCUGCCUGUCUAUGGUGGACGAUAUUUGGAAGCUUUGUUUAUGGUGUAAUUAGUAGGAUAAAUGUGGGUGUAAAUUCUUAGGUAGAAACAGAGAUCGCUCUACUUUAUAUUCGACCUCUUUUUUGCAUAGUUCUAAAUGCUUGUG